AGGGAGAGAUCUGGGGGACAAGGGCUUUUAAUCGAUACCGCCAUUCCUAAGCAAAGCAAAGCAAACCCAAGCAAUCUGCUCUCGCAGCAGCACACCGGGGAAUAAUGCAGCAGCACCAGCACAGAUAUAUAACUAACAAACAAACACCGACCGAACGAGAAGAAGAAUUUGGUGUUACUUCACGUGCAGUGCAGUGCUCCUGCAGCGAAGGAAGGAAGCCGUUGAAGAAGAAGAAAACGGCGGGAUCUCUCUCUCGCUCUCUCUCUCUCCCUCUCUCAUGCAGUGAGUGAGUGAGUGCGCAGGGAGAAGAACGGGUGCGGGAGGGAGAGGGUUGUUGUUUGCAAGGCGCUCGGAGGGAGGGAGCCAUUUGGCGUCAGGAUCUUGCGGUCGCUCCCGUGGACGGGAGAGAGCUCAGAGUUAUAGCUUCAAGUGAGCAGAGUGGGAUAUGUUGUCGCUGGUUUUGAGUCGGUGGUGGUUGCAGGUGAAUCUGGUUAAAUUCUGCAACUGUGCUGUUGGCGAGUAUUGUGGUACUGGUGUUAUUCGCAUAACAGCUCCGGGGUGUUGAGGGAAUGAGAAGUGAAAGAGAGAGAGAGACGAAGUUUUUCGUAUGAGCAGAUGGAGUGCUGUCGUGAUGUAAACAACUAGAUUCGGUGCUGAGAAGUUUUGACGGUAGUCGAUGAUUUGUGGCAAUGGGAGAGUCGCGGUGUAGAGAGAAUAGCGUGAGAUGUAGAUCAAGCUCUUGCACCUGCACUUGCUAACGGGUGAUGGGCCAAAGAUCGUAAGAGCUUGUAACUAAGAGAAAGCGAUAUUGCAAAGUUAGGAUCCUCAAGUCUGGAACCGUUCGUGAUAAUGGUGGUAGACGCAGUGGACGCCAUCACUCGCAUGCAUAGAUUGGGACAAUGGAAUCAAGGUGUCUGAAACAUAUGGAAGGAGAGUGCUUGAAGAGUUGUCUAUUACAUAUAGAAUAGGCAAGAAGGUUCUCGUUGCAUGAUACCACCAGUGGUGACACCAUUAUCUCAAGAACUUGGCAGGAGAGUUCAGAAACUUUACAUUGUGUCGAGAAAGCAUUGAAAGCAACUCCACAAGCUGAUAUUGUAAAUUCAUUUACGUAUUGUACAUUUUGAGGUUCUGGGAUUGCUCACUUUUUCGACACUGGCGAUUCAGAGAUAAGCUGUAGAAUUCCAGAAACAGUGGCUGCGCACAUGAGAAUAUGUGUUUGGAGGCUUUAAGUACACAUAGACAAAGAUUACUCUUAAAAUACAUUUGGGUUUAGAUUCAAUGAUGAUAUAAGCAGCAGUGGCUGAGAGUGCCACCAAACCCAUCACUCAGGAGAGGAUAUGGAUUUUGCAAAUAAAUAACCUGCAAUCACGUAGGUCCACUCUAUUCAAAAUGCCGUCAGGAGGUGGUACAAUGGUAGAAGCGGAAAAGCGGUCGUAUCCUGUAUUGGCUUCGGAAUACAAACUGUAUGAGGAGAUUGGACAGGGUGUAAGUGCAAUAGUUUAUAGGGCUCAUUGCGUUACAUAUAAUGAGAUUGUGGCAAUUAAGAGCUUGGAUCUCGAAAAAUGCAACAGUAAUCUGGACAACAUUCGCCGUGAGGCCCAGACAAUGAGCCUAAUUAAUCAUCAGAAUGUGGUGAAGGCUCACUGCUCCUUCGUUGUUGGCCAAAACCUCUGGGUGGUUAUGCCUCAUCUGGCAGGUGGAUCAUGUUUGCACAUAAUGAAAGCGGCUUACCCUGAUGGUUUUGAGGAACCCGUUAUUGCAACUAUACUGAAAGAAUCCUUGAAAGCACUUGAGUACCUUCAUCGCCAUGGCCAUAUUCAUCGGGAUAUUAAGGCUGGGAACAUAUUAGUUGAUUCAAAUGGAUCUGUGAAGCUUGGAGACUUUGGUGUUUCAGCAUGCAUGUUUGACACUGGUGAUAGACAGCGGUCUAGGAAUACUUUUGCUGGAACACCUUGCUGGAUGGCACCUGAAGUUAUGGAACAACUUCAUGGCUACGAUUUCAAAGCUGAUAUAUGGUCUUUCGGGAUAACUGCUCUGGAGCUUGCCCAUGGUCAUGCACCUUUUUCUAAAUACCCUCCUUUGAAGGUGCUGCUGAUGACCUUACAAAAUGCUCCUCCUGGGCUGGACUAUGAACGCGAUAAAAAGUUCUCGAAGUCGUUUAAGGAGAUGAUUGCGAUGUGCUUAGUGAAAGAUCCUGCCAAACGGCCUACUGCUGAAAAACUUUUGAGACAUUCGUUUUUCAAGCAGGCUCGUUCGUUUGAUUAUAUCGCUCGUCAUAUUUUGGAAGGAUUACCUCCAUUAGGAGAGACUGUGAAUAAUCUGAAGAUCAAAGAUGCCAAUCGACUUGCCCAACAGAUCCAGCCGUACGAUGAGCAAGAAGCUCAAUCUCAGAAUGAGUACAAGAGAGGAGUGAGCGCUUGGGAUUUCAACGUUGAAGAUUUGAAAGCUCAGGCAGCAUUGAUCCAAGAUGAUGAGGAAGUUGUUCCCAAAUUAUUAAAGGUUGCCCUGAAUACGGAAGCGGAAGAGAUUUCUCAAGCUCCAGUUACGCCAGUGAAAGAGGAAAUCACGGAGGGUGACUUGCAAUGUUCAUCCCCGUUGUCUCAGCCGCCACUUUGUCGUGAAUCUUCCUUCAACAGAGUUCAGAUGCCAGUUACCAUUCAUUCAAUCAUUGCCGAGACCACAAAUGAUGCAGGAGAGCGAGUCACGAGGAUCAGGUCGGGACCUCUUCCAAAUCCAGUGCAACCCAAGUCUGCAAAUAUAUCUAGGACUGCACUCCCAUCUGGCAGGAAAGAGCCCAAGCAUAUUGGUCGAUUUGAUGUCUGGGAUGAACAUGAUGGUGAAAGUUUGAGUUGGCACGGUUCUCCAAGGGAAAAUCGGAAAUCAGAGGCACGUAGAGAGAGGGAUGACCGUGAACAACGAAGAGGUGAUGACAGAGAUAGAAAGGAAGAGAGAGAGCAAAGACGUUCCGACGAGCGUUCUGAACGAGAUGAAAUUCGUCGUGUUGGCAGUGAGCGUGUUUUGUCUUCAAUCCGUGGGCUCACCACUAUGGAUGAACGAGAACGAGACAGGGAUAGAGACUAUCGUCAAGGUGGACGAGGUAGUGACUAUUCUGGCCGUAUGAUGCAACGUGAACGUUCAUUUAGUGGACCAGUGAACACCAUCUCUGAUCGCUCCAGUUUUGACCAGAAAUCAACUAAUGGAUUGCAAGCCGUUUCAAGGCAAACUCCCAGUAUGUCUAUUACUCAGGUCAAUCUGAAUAAAGAGAUUUCAGAAGAUAAAGUAAAGGCUCCUGUCCAGAAGGGGCCUGUACUUCACAAAGGACGUUUCUCUGUUACAUCAGAUGAUACGCAAUUCGAGGAGUCAUCUCAAUUGAACCCACGAAAGACGUCGAAUACACAAGCGUCACUUCAUAAGUCUGCCAGUUCUGGUGAUUUCAUGUCUGGUGAACGAAGGCUUCCUGUAUGCUUCAGCCCUCUCCUUUUCCUAUCUAAACUGUGGGGUUUCACCUUCUUCGCCUUGACACGGGGCGAUGCAAAGUGUUUCGCAGCAUUCGUCUUCUUCGCAGCAUGCUCUCCUCUCGCAGCAUUCACACUCUUCGCUGCAUGUGUCUUCUCCGAAUGGACUAAUAUCGCAUCAGAAUUCUCAAGUGACAACACCAACAGCGGCUGUUCUUUCUCAACUACAACAAAUCUUUCAACAAGCACAAAAACAGCAGGACAGUAUUUUGCACCUUAUUCAGAGUCUCAAUCCACAAGAUGCUGCCAGCGCUCUAUGUCCAGAUUUUCACGAACUUCAAGUACCAACUCCGGAGUUGAACAUUCGCGGAAUUCAGUGGGGGCACGGCUACGUGUAAAUCAGGUUGAGGUUUCAACAGACAGGGAGCGUGAACUUCUACACCAAGUUUCCGAUCUUCAGUUCAGGCUAGUGAAAGUCCAUCAGAACUUGUUGCUCGUUUGUGGUCACAAUUUUAUGUAUUUCGAAGUUUAUAUCGAAACUUCUUUCUUAGUAUUUGUAUAUAUUUUUCUCGUUCAACUUAUCAGGAUGGCAACUCUUGUGGAGGAGCUGCAAAGUGUAAAAAUCAGAAAUGUGCACCUUGAGGGGCAGCUAAAUGCAAUCUAUAAUAAGGAGGAAGAGGAGCGGAUACGUAAGGAGGAAGCCGCUAAAGGAGAUAGAUAGCGCUACGUGGUUUAACUGCCUUCACUGCGAGUUCUGGCUGUUACUUCUUAUUUCAGCUUUGGGACUUGGAACCUGUUUGUUAUUCUCAAAUAUAACGUGUUAUCGUAAUCUGAGGACCAAGUGCUUUUAGGUGAUCAGAGUAUUUUAGGUGCAACAGUAGGAUCUGGUUGAAAGUGCCCGCAGCUCCUGCCAAGCUCAGUUUCCAUGUGACCGCAAGACGCCAUGAGGCUUCACUAUCUGCAGAAGCAGGCAUUAUCUUGAGGAAAGAUUGCAUUUUUCAAAUCGACGAUGAAGGCGAGAUGCAUGCUUUCAUUAUUUAUGGUCAACCAAAACGACUUGGCAAUUCUACGCGGGAUUCAGAUUUUGGGAUUUGGCACAUGGUUUCAGAAUCCUCUCGUUACUUGGAAGCAACUGAAAGGGUACUACUCUCACAAAAUUACCUCGUGCUGGACUCAAAUCAAAACUAGUAUACGUCUAGAGAUGUAUGCUAAAGUUCACAUCAUUUGGAAGUAUAGAUCAGAAGGUAAGGGUAUUUAGAACAUUUGGAUAGAAGAGGUGAAAAUGGUAUUUAAUUAUCGUAAGUCCUAAGAGGGACUUAAUACUUCCAUUCAAUACCUCUUGAAACAAGAGAAGAUAAGUGAAGAUUGAAUUCACUACAUCAAGCUCAAUUUCCAAA